AUGGCUCCCACUUCCCAACCACUGGCCGCGGCGAAGAUCCGCCUGCCUCAUCCUUAUCUGACUACCUAUAACGUCACUCCUUCCAGCACUGUCAUUGAAGGAAACAGCUCCUUCCAAUUGCGCAAGAGUGACAAGGGAGAAGCGCAAGCUUUCCCCGGAGCAUUGCACAAUGAGAACCUCCACUUCACGGCGCCGCAGCCCGUGAACCCCCAGACAGCUGUCCCAGCAUCAAACAACACCGCUUGGGCCCGCGCGCAAAGAAGUCCCUCGGCUAUCGCGCGCUGGCAAAACAGCACUGCCCCUUCAGUGGGUCAGAUCUGGCUGUACCUGUACACGAUCUUCACUGUGCAGCAAGAGAUUGAGACUUUCCGUCUUACCCUGCAAGGUCCCAACGCCGAGGCUGUCGCGCACGCCUUGCGCCUGUCAAUGGUAGCAAUCGACCACCCAGCACCUAUCAGUUCCAAGACUCCUUUCAAAGCUACCCCGAAUGAACUCCUCAUUCUCCGCAGCGCCUUCUGGCAAGGUGCUGCUUCUCCACUGGGCUCGCAGCCCGUCUGGCUUCCCUCAUGGAACCCAGCAUCUUCCGUGCCACUCCUUGACUGGACGAUGACAUCCACGGAAACUUCGCACAGGCGACACCCCCGUCGUCACCCAAAGCCAACACCUGGCAAUGUGGUGUACAGUCGUUAUAUUCCAUUUUUGGAUGAGCAAUUCUCACUGGUUGCGCUCGACUACCGCAACCCCGAGCACUUGAACCUUUUCCACACAUGGCAGAACGACCCGCGCGUCGCUGCGGGGUGGAAGGAGACUGGAACGCUCGACGAGCACCGCGAUUACCUGCGUCGACAGGACGAGGACCCCCAUACGCUGACUGUUCUUGGUCGUUUCAACGACGAAUUCUUCUCGUACUAUGAAAUCUUCUGGGCCAAGGAGGAUAAUGUGGGAGCGCACUAUGCUUCAGGAAACUUUGAUCGUGGUCGUCACACGCUUGUUGGAAAUGAUAAGUUCCGUGGUCCCCACCGUGUCAUGGCUUGGUGGCCCAGCAUGAUUCACUAUUGUUUCCUCGAUGAUAACCGCACUGAGAAUGUCAUUGGCGAGCCCAUGAGUACCAACGACAAGGUCCUCACCUACGACUAUACCUUUGGCUUGCAUCAAGAUCAAGUGAUUGAUCUCCCUCAUAAGCGGGCGAGCUUGGUGAAGGUUACUAGGGAGAGAUACUUCCAGCUGUGUCCUUUCAACCAAGUCAGCCCGCACAUUGCGGGAACAGGCUUGGGCUUCAAGCCACGCCUGUAA